AUGCCCCCGAGCCUGAAUAUCACGCCCCUGAACCUGACUAUCACGCUCCUGAACCUGAAUAUCACGCUCCUAAACCUGAUUACCACGCUCCUGAACCUGAAUAUCACGCUCCUGAACCGGAGUAUCACGCUCCGAAACCUGAGUAUCACGCUCCAGAACCAGAAUACCAUGCUCCGAAACCUGAGUAUCACGCCCCCAAGCCCGACUACAAGGCCCCGGAGCCAGCGUACCACGCACCCAAGCCCGACUACAAGGCCCCGGAGCCAGCAGUACCACGCACCCAAGCCCGACUACAAGGCCCCGGAGCCAGCGUACCACGCACCCAAGCCCGACUACAAGGCCCCGGAGCCAGCAUACCACGCCCCCAAGCCCGACUACAAGGCCCCGGAGCCAGCAUACCACGCACCCAAGCCCGACUACAAGGCCCCGGAGCCAGUGUACCACGCACCCAAGCCCGACUACAAGGCCCCGGAGCCAGCAUACCACGCCCCCAAGUCCGGCUACGCGGCGCCAGUGUAUGCGCCAAGUCGCAGCUACUUGGGCCCGGUGGCGCACAAGGCCAAGCACGCGCCCGCCCUGCCCAAGCACGUCACGUACGAAGGGCCAGACGACCAUAAGUACGUGCCUCCCACGUACGAGGCGACCAAGAAGCCGGCGUCCGGCUACGAGAUUGAGUACAUGCCGUACAAGUCGCCGGCGCCGAUGCCGUACGCCGACGGGGCGCUGCCACUCAAGGGCUCCUGGGGCUUCGCGCACGGCCUCAAGAGCCAGCUGGGCUACGUGUCGGACGCAGCGAGCACGGCAAGCUACGGCCAUGCGGGCGUGCACGGCCGCAGUCCGACCGUGCGGCCGGCGUACGCGCCCGGCCACUACCUGCCCGGCCUGCUGGCGACGCCGCACUUUAACGGAAGGCCCAGCUCUGCGCACAUUAGAGCGGCGUACGGCUAUCCGCCGCCGCCGCCGGGCGGCUACGGCCCGUGGUGGACGCGCCUGGGCCGGCUCAUCGGCACCGACCUGGUCGUCAGGAACUACCGGGCGCCGCCCAUCGCCAAACAGGCCGCGCCCGGUCACCGCUAGGUGGCAGGGCGGGCGCGGCGGCCAGCCGAGCCUCGAGGGAUUGACUGUGGUCGACGGGUGAUUGUGUCUUUCAAGCUAGCGAGCGGGGCGGUGUCAGCCAGUGAAGCAUUACCACGCCGUGUAAUAUUUAAAGCUCUUUGAAGCGGACGGUCGUAUGGUUUGCUUGUCAUUACAACAUACGGAUCUAAUAUGAGUGUUAACUUAAGCAAGUAUGACUUCUCUUUCGCGUGUAUGACGCUGAGUAUUUUGGCAAGCUAGUCUACGAAAUAUGUGCGGCUUAUUUUCCUAGAAAUGUUAUACAAUACACGAAUCUAACUGU